ACCAUCCGAAAGCCCAAGACACUGAGCUGGUCUGUUUAGUUGGAAAGCCAUCUGUACUGUACGUUUUUCGCCGAUCAUGGAGGAUGAGAGGAACACCCAGCAGCACCAGGGCGGUGAGCAGGCCCAGGACCAGGAGAACGAGGUGAAGGACAGGGGACUCCUGGACAGCCUUCUCGGCAGGAACAAGCACGACGACCAGGAGAAGAAGAACCAGCAGGAGGAGGAGGAGCUCGCGACCGGCAUGGAGAAGGUCACGGUGGCUGAGCCCGACCACAAGGAGGAGGGACACGAGGCCGCCGAGAAGAAGGACAGCCUUCUCGCCAAGCUGCACCGCACCAGCUCCAGUUCCAGCUCGUCGAGCGACGACGAGGAAGAGGAGGUGAUCGAUGAGAACGGCGAAAUUGUCAAGAGGAAGAAGAAGGGCCUUAAGGAGAAGGUCAAGGAGAAGCUGGCGGCCCACAAGGCCCACGAUGAGGGCGACCACCACCAGCCGGGCGUACCUGCCCCGGCGCCCGCACCGCCCGUGGCGGUGGACACGCAUGCUCACCACCAGGAGGGAGAGCACAAGCCGCACUUCCCGGCGCCGGCGCCUCCCCCGCACGUGGAGACGCACCACCCCGUCGUCGUCCACAAGAUCGAGGACGACGACACGAAGACUCAGACCCCACCACAGGCACCGGAGGAGGAGAAGAAAGGCCUGCUGGACAAGAUCAAGGAGAAGCUACCCGGUGGCCACAAGAAGCCGGAAGACGCUGCUGCCGCCGCCGCCGCGCCGGCCGUCCACGCGCCACCGCCGCCGGCGCCCCACGCCGAGGUCGACGUCAGCAGCCCGGAUGGCAAGAAGGGCUUGCUGGGCAAGAUCAUGGACAAGAUACCCGGCUACCACAAGAGCUCGGGUGAAGAAGACCGCAAGGACGCCGCCGGCGAGCACAAGACCAGCUCCUAAGGUCGCAGCGUGUGCGUGUCCGUCGUACGUUCUGGCCGGCCGGGCCUUGGGCGCGCGAUCAGAAGCGUUGCGUUGGCGUGUGUGUGCUUCUGGUUUGCUUUAAUUUUACCAAGUUUGUUUCAAGGUGGAUCGCGUGGUCAAGGUCCGUGUGCUUUAAAGACCCACCGGCACUGGCAGUGAGUGUUGCUGCUUGUGUAGGCUUUGGUACGUAUGGGCUUUAUUUGCUUCUGGAUGUUGUGUACUACUUGGGUUUGUUGAAUUAUUAUGAGCAGUUGCGUAUUGUAAUUCAGCUGGGCUACCUGGACAUUGUUAUGUAUUAAUAAAUGCUUUGCUUUCUUCUAAAGAUCUUUAAGUGCU